AUGCACUUCUCAACCAUCAUCAUCACUCUCUUCUCCGCCGGCGUCCUCGCCCAGAAUGGAUGCGGCUUCCCGGAUGGACCUGACUGCCAGUCUCUCGGCAAGGGCGCCAACGGCCUGGAGCAAUUCGCAGACCUCGAUAGCUGCUGUUUACUGCCCCUCCGCUGCGGCAACGGCGAUGGUGGUGAGAGAUGCGAGCGUGUGAGCGGUGCCAGUGCUGGCGGCGCGACCAACAACAACACUGGCAAUACUGGUAACACUGGCAAUGCGAGGAACGGAAGGAACAGAAAUAACGCCAACAAGAAGAGGCGUAUGUAG